AUGUCUUUUCUUACCAACGAGGCAAGCUCAGAGUCGAUAGCAUCCUUCUCUAAACAGGAGAUCAUGAGUAGCUUUCUGACAGAGGGAGGGUGUUAUGAGCUACUCACCAUUACAGGCAAAGGAUUCGAGGAUCUGAUGACAGUGAAUCUAGCAAGGUACAAACCAAUGGGAGAGUAUGUGACUGUACGAAGGAUUAACCUAGAAGCUUGUUCCAAUGAGCUGGUGACAUACUUGCAAGGGGAGUUCCAUGUCUCUAAGAUCUUCAGCCAUCCCAAUAUCCUGCCAUAUCAAGCCACAUUUAUUACAGACAAUGAGCUGUGGGUUAUCACAUCAUUCAUGGCAUAUGGCUCUGCAAAGGACCUCAUCUGUACACACUUCAUGGACAGCAUGAAUGAGCUGGGAAUUGCUUACAUCCUGCAGGGGGUGCUCAAGGCCCUGGACUACAUCCACCAUGUGGGAUAUAUGCACAGGAGUGUCAAAGCCAGGCACUACGUUCUGAUCUCCACAGAUGGGAAGGUCUACCUGUCCGGUUUAAGCAGCAACCUCAGCAUGAUCAGCCAUGGGCAGCAGCAGCAUGUGGUCCACGACUUUACCAAGUACAGUAUCAAGGUUCUGCCCUGGCUCAGCCCAGAAGUCCUCCAGCAGAAUCUUCAGGGUUAUGAUACCAAGUUUGACAUCUACAGUGUGGGAAUCACAGCCUGUGAACUGGCCAAUAGCCAUGUCCUCUUUAAGGAUAUGCCUGCCACCCAGAUGUUACUGGAGAAGCUGAAUGGCAUUGUGCCCUGCCUGCUGGACACCAGCACCAUCCCUGCCCAGGAGCUGACCAUGAGCAUCUCGCACUCAGUGGCCAACUCUGGCCUGAGUGAUAGCCUGACCACCAGCACCCCCAGGACCUCCAAUGGCAACUCACUGUCUCACCCCUAUCACCGCAUCUUCUCAUCCCACUUCCACCAUUUUGUGGAGCAGUGCCUUCAGCACAAUCCAGAUGUAAGACCAAGUGCCAGCACCCUCGUGAACCAUUCUUUCUUCAAGCAGAUCAAGCGACGUGCCUCAGAGGCUUUGCCUGAGUUGCUUUGUCCUGUCACCCCCAUCACCAAUUUUGAAGGCAGCCAGUCUCAGGAUCACAGUGGAAUCUUUGGCCUGGUAACAAACCUGGAAGAGCUGGAGGUGGACAAGUGGGAGUUCUGA